AUGGAGAUCGACACACCAGCAUCCUCCUCCACUUCCCCCAUCCCUUACCUCGAACAACAGGUCUCUUCAGCGCCAGAACAAUUCAAGCCUUUGUGGAGUAAGAUAAAGUCAACUUAUGAGAAGAAGUUAUGGCACAACUUGACUGUCGUAUUGACUGAAUUCGUCUUCACUCCCGGGACCGGACCAUAUCAAAUUGAGCUCUUCGAAAAAUUCAUUUCCACCAUUGAAAAGAAGAUAAAUGCUUUGAAAUUAGUUGAAAUCGCUCGUAGAGUAGGAAGGGAAUAUUCAGAACCGGAACUUACAUUAAAAUUCCUUGAAUCAUUACAUUCAAGAUUACUUUCACCAUAUCCCGUUCCUGCGACCGAAGAUAAUCCAGGAUCUCCAGCACCUCCACCGCCAGCAGCUUCAGCCUAUGCAUUAUCAUUAUCAUCCAUCGCUUAUGCCCAAUUACUCCUUGGUGAUCUAACAGCAACCAAGAAAUCAUUGGAUGAAUGUGAAAAUCUAUUGAAUGAACAAGACACAGUUGAAACCUCAGUAAACGCAGGAUAUUAUGGUGUAGCAGGAGAUUAUUUCAAAGUCAAAGCUGAUUAUGGUCCAUAUUAUAAAAACGCUUUAUUAUACUUGGCUUGCGUAGAUACUCAAAAUGAGUUAUCGGACGAAGAUAGGAAAUCUAGAGCACACGAUUUAUGUAUUGCCGCUUUAUUAGGUGAAACCAUUUACAACUUUGGUGAAUUGCUGCAACAUCCUAUUCUUCAAACUCUGGUUGGAACAGAAUGGGAAUGGAUCAAAGACUUGAUUAGCGCUUUCAACGGUGGAGAAAUCGGAAAGUUUGAAUCUUUGGCUAACCAUCUAUCGAAUGAGCCAAUUCUCGAAUCAUCCCUACCUUUCCUUCGACAGAAAAUCUGUUUGAUGGCUUUAAUCCAAACUAUAUUCGCUAGACCCAGAGAUGGUGCUUCAAGAUUAAUGAGUUUCCAGACUAUCGGAGAGGCGACAAGACUACCUGUUAAUGAAGUUGAACAUUUACUUAUGAAAGCCUUGAGUUUAAGUUUGAUCAAAGGUUCCCUCGAUCAAGUUGAUGGAACAGCAGAUAUAUCAUGGGUACAACCUAGAGUAUUGGAAGGUACUCAAUUAGAUACUUUAGCUGAACAAUUAGAAGCUUGGUGUGAAUCUGUUGGUAAAACAGAACAUCAAGUUGAAGAACAAAGAAAAGCUGCUAAACGAGCUGUUUUAGUAGAGUAG